AUGCGACAGCGAUACUGGCUUCUGAACGCACGCUCUACAAUCCGAAUGAUUACACGAAAGUGCGUGCGAUGUUUUCGAAUCAACCCAACCAAUACUAGCCAGUUAAUGGGAAACUUGCCCGCAGCAAGAGUAGUGCCCUCGCCACCGUUUACCGUUACCGGUUUGGAUAACGCCGGUCCCUUCCUCAUCAAGCAAGGGGCACGACGUCCAGCAUUCAUGAAAACAUACGUAUGCGUCUACGUGUGUAUGACUACAAAAGCCGUUCACAUGGAAGCUGUGCCCGACUUAACUACCGAUGACUUUUUGGCAUCCCUAAAACGAUUCAUCUGCCGACGUGGAAUGGUUCAGCAACUGCACUCGGACAACGGCACGAAUUUUCGGGGAGAACACCACGAGCUGAAUCAGUUAUUUCAGCAAUUUCACAACCAACAAGCUGUGGAAGCCAUCGGAGAUUUUUGCCGCACCCGUGAGAUCGAAUGGCAUUUCAUUGCACCCGACGCACCAGAAUUUGGUGGACUUUGGGAGGCCGCGGUGAAGUGUACAAAAACACAUCUGAAACGCAUCGUCGGGAACGUUAAGUUAUCGUUUGAAGAGAUCGAAGCAGUACUGAACUCACGACCGCUGUUCGCCAUCUCCAACGAUCCUGUAGACCCGCUGAUGAUCACACCUGCUUGCUAUUUGAUCGGCCGUCCACUUACUGCAAUGGCCGAAACUUCCUUGGAAGAUGUUAAAGCCAGUCGCUUGUCUCGAUGGCAGCAUCUCCAACUCAUCCGGAAACAUUUUUGGCGCUCUUGGAGUCGGGAUUACUUGAAUACGUUGCAACCUCGAAAAAAGCAUCUCCGAACUAUGCCGAAUAUUCGGGAGGGCAUGGUAGUCUUUCUCCACGAUCAAAGUCAACCUCCACUCAACUGGAAGAUGGGUCGCAUCACAGCAGUCUUUCCUGGUCCUGACGGGUUGGUCCGAUCUGUCGACGUGAUUACGGAUAGAACUACCCUUCGUUGUGCCACCAACAAGAUUUCGGUACUGCCCAUUGAAGACAACAGGCCCAUCCCUAAUCCAACUACUCGUGAUGAAUGUUGA